CCGUGUUGGGCGCUCCAUCUGGUGUUAAGCGACUGAGGAGAAAAAAAAGACAGGGAGAAGAGAGAAGAAGGAAACACAGCGGAGACGAAGUUGAGACGCUUAUUACUAGCUUCUGGUUCUGGGUUGAUUUUCGGUCCUUAAAGCCGCAGCCAUUCAGUGUUUCAUGAAUUGGGUUUUACAGAGUGUGAGUUCUUGAUCUGGUCAUCUCAUAAAAGCAAUAGAGAAGGAGGAGGAGGAGGGAGCAGAAUAAAUAGCCAAGAGGAGCGUCCAGACAGUGGGGGAAGAGGAUUCCAUUGUCAUGAUCUCAUGCGUCGAAAACUGUCGUUGCCGGUAUGAUCAACAGCAGCAGCAACGGUAUAAUGUCUUCGUCAUCGGCAAACGCUCAAUCGCCUGGGCUGAAGACCUACUUCAAGACCCCAGAAGGCCGUUACAAACUUCAAUACGAGAAGACUCAUCCCGCCGGUCUCCUUCACUAUGCACACAGCAAAGCCGUUACUCAGGUAUGUAUUUCAAGGGUUUUCUCUCUGUUCCCCUCUCUUUAUUUAUCGGAAUUGAUACCCAUAUUUAUAUUGAAUUAUCUCCUCCAUCUGUUUGGUUCUCAGGUAACCCUUGCGCAUCUCAAGGAUAAACCGGCACCAGUGCCAUCCGCCCCAACUUCAAGCUUGAGCAGCGGUAGCGCAAUGAGAUCAGCAGCUGCCAGGCUCUUAGGCGGGAAUGGGAGCCGCACACUUAAUUUUGUAGGGGGAAAUGGUUCUAGUAAAGGCGUUGCGGUAACUAGUAGGAUUGGUUCAUUGGGGGCUUCGAGUACCAGUAAUUCACCAGCUGCUUCGAAUUUUGACGGAAAGGGGUCUUAUCUGAUAUUUAAUGUCAGCGACACAAUUUUCAUCAGUGACUUCAAUUCUCCAGAUAAGGAUCCUAUUAAAUCAAUCCAUUUCAGCAAUUCAAACCCUGUCUGCCACACUUUUGAUCCCGAAGCCAAGGACGGGCAUGACUUGCUUAUUGGAUUGAACUCUGGAGACGUAUACUCGGUGUCACUGAGACAGCAACUGCAAGAUGUAGGAAAGAAGCUUGUCGGAGCCCAACAUUACAACAAAGACGGUUCUGUAAAUAACAGUCGAUGUACUAGUAUUGCAUGGGUACCUAAUGGUGAUGGAGCUUUUGUUGUAGCUCAUGCUGAUGGAAACUUGUAUGUGUAUGAAAAGAACAAGGAUGGCACUGGUGACUCUUCAUUCCCUGUUAUCAAGGAUCAAACACAAUUUUCAGUUGCACAUGCCCGAUCUAGCAAGAGUAAUCCAGUUGCUAGAUGGCACAUUUGUCAAGGUUCAAUCAAUAGCAUUGCUUUCUCAACAGAUGGAACAUAUUUGGCAACUGUUGGAAGAGAUGGUUACUUAAGAGUCUUUGACUACUCUAGAGAACAGCUGAUAUGCGGUGGGAAAAGCUACUAUGGUGCUCUACUAUGUUGUGCAUGGAGCAUGGAUGGGAAAUACAUUUUGACUGGAGGCGAAGAUGAUCUAGUACAAGUUUGGAGUAUGGAAGAUCGGAAGGUAGUAGCAUGGGGUGAGGGGCACAGCUCUUGGGUCAGUGGAGUUGCUUUUGACUCAUAUUGGUCAUCACCCAAUAAUGAUGGCUCAGGGGAAAAUGUUAUGUACCGGUUUGGUUCUGUUGGUCAAGAUACACAAUUGCUUUUGUGGGAUUUGAUAAUGGAUGAAAUUGUGGUGCCCCUGCGAAGAUGCCCUCCUGGUGGAUCCCCCACAUAUAGCACGGGAAGCCAGUCCUCUCAUUGGGACAGCAUUUGCCAAGUGGGUACUCUCCAACCAGCUCCAAGCAUGAGAGAUGUGCCAAAGAUUUCACCUCUAGUUGCUCACCGCGUGCAUGCAGAACCCCUCUCUGGCUUGAUAUUCACUCAAGAGUCAGUUCUUACUGUGUGCCGGGAAGGGCAUGUGAAAAUAUGGAUAAGGCCUGGAAAUGCUGAAAACCAAUCAAGCAGUUCAGAGACUCUUUUAAGUUCCAGUUCAAAGGAGAAGCCACUAUUAUCAGGCAAGGUUGGCAGUUCCAGUUAUAAGCAAUAGCCAAUUAGAAGUCCAUUGUCAGGCCUGGUUGGUAGUUCUUUAUUUUUUGUUGCAGGGUUUCAUCUCCAUUUGCUAAUCUGACUGUAUUUGAGGUGUUUCCAUCUGAUGGGUUCCCAGGAUUGAGUACGUUGUAAGUUUAUCAAGUCAUUGGGUCCAUUACUCAAUGUCCUUGCAACGAGAUUACCAAUGGGUUCCCUUGUAUAUUGGUAGGGAUAAAUUGCCAGUUAUAGCAGUGAGAGGAAGGGGGAGCAGCAAGGAUGUAAGCAAACAUGCACAGGUUAUACGAAAUGGCCAUCUGCCACUACAAUAUUUCUGACGACUGAAAGGAAUAACGGAAAUUGCUCUUGCAUAUCAGCAAGAUACAUUGAUAUCAGAAUGGUUUUCACCAAACCAUGUUCAUUUGUUUUAUUGAAAGUACAUUCAGAGUGUAUUUGCUUUUGCUUUUUUUAUUUUGGUGGGAAUGCUGCCAUGUUGGAAGAACUCUUAGCUACACGGUACGCGGGGCAUCAUCUUUGGUCUUUUCAUAUGGCGGAUAGAGCCGUUAAUAUGGCCAUUAGAUGAUCUUUUUUGUCGGAGUUGUGUUGUCAAAAUUUUCAGCCUUUUCAACAUUUGCCUCCUAAGUAAUUUAUUAUCCUUAACAUGAUUCAUGAUUGUA